AUAUAAGCAACUGCCGGUACUGCAAUUGUCAGUGUGAUUCGUCCCAUCGGAAACGCCUAUCUGCUUACACCUACGAAACCGGAUGACGAUGCGGCGAGUAUUUUUGUUCGCUUUGGCCGUGGUCGCCGCGAGGGCCUCACAUUUCUCCUCCCUGGAAGGCCAUGGUCUCCAUUCGAGCGAGCCGAAACUUAUCUCGCAAUCGGUCCAUCUGAAAGAAAUACCGACCAAAAUCAUCAAGGUCACGAAAACCGCGGUCGUCAAGGUGCCAGUUCCCUAUCCAGUCAAGGUGCCCCAUCACAUACCCGUCCCGGUGCCAGUGAACCAUCCGAUCGCAGUUCCGUAUACGAAGCUGGUGAAAGUUCAGGAACACGUGCCGGUCGAGGUGUCCAGGCCUGUCCCGAUCGAGAUCCAUCAGCAAGUACCUGUGGUGGUGCCGAAGGCGGUCCCGGUACCGCAGCCGAUUCCGGUUCCUCAUCCUGUAACGGUGAACAAGCCUGUCUUCUACCCGAUACCACACCCGAUUCCAUAUCAGGCCAGCCAUUCCGAGGGUGGUAUCGGAGGCGGGGCUGGUGGAUACGACUCCGGGGAUCACGAGGGCCACGAGUCGGAGAGUUACAGCUCUUACACGGUGAAUCAACACGGCCACGAGCAGGACGUCCAAGGUGGACACUUCCAACCAUCUCAACCCGAUUACGGCUCCCACCAUUGAACGACAAUUUUCACAUUUUCGUUGUACAUACAUGUCGUUUAUACGUCGUUUAAGCCUGAUUUGUUAAGUUUAUGUUUUUUUAAUUUUUAUGUUUUUUUUGUUGACGUUCUUUUCUAUUUCUUCUUCUUCUUCUUCUUUUUCUUUGUUUUUUUUUAUAUGACUGUUUUAAUAAAAAUUUUUACUUUGUAAAAUACUUUGAUGACGGUCGAUGGUUUCUCUUUUUUCAAACGUUCGUUACGGCAAUUGUUUGAUCAACAAGUUUAUUUAUAUUUAUAUGUAAUUGCGAGAUUGAUGGAAUAUAUAAGAAAAAUGACCUCGAUUUUUCAUGCUCCGAUAAAAUGGAAAGUGAAUUAUCGUAUCACGAUUUUGAUGAGUCAUGCGAGUCUAUAAUCUAUAUAUAUAUAUAUUUGACGCAUGGAUUAUAUCUAUUUCGGGCCAGAAAAGAUCGAUCGUGAUUUGUAUUCCAAGAAUGGAAUUGUAUUUGCGAACGGGUAUAACGGGUCAUUCGAUUGAAAUUGUCUUAAUUCUUGUUUCUCGCGCUUCAAGAAAGUGGACUGGAAAAACCGCGACAUCGGUCAAAUCAAUGCCUCUUUUAACAGUUUUCAAUAGCGUUAGAAUCUUUAUAAAAUCUUUAUAUUCUUCUUUCAUUUCACAUUUGGUUGAAAGUAUGUAGCACAUGUAACUGAUCAUUAAAAAGCGUAAUUACACGCAUUGCAUUCUUUGCGCACUCGCGAAAUAUGAAUCUCGUUCUUUCGCGGUUAAAUGUCAAUGAAAAAUUACACGGGAAUAGUACGAAAUUA